AUGUGGAAGUUUCUCGGCCUCUCCUCCGACAAAGACUCCAAGACAGCUCCAGUCCGUGGGCUUCCGGCUUCUUGGUAUCGAUCUCCAGAAAUCUACCAGCUAGAACGUCGCGCCAUCUUCUCCAAGAAAUGGAUCCUCCUCACCCACAUGUUGAGGUUCAAGGAGGCCGGCGACUACCUCUCUUUCACCUACGCCGAAUUUCCAUUUUUCCUCAUUCGAGACCGGGACGGUAAUAUCAACGGCUUUCACAACGCUUGCCGACACCGUGCCUAUCCCAUUGUGCAGAAUGAAUCAGGAAAGGCUAGAAUUUUGAGCUGCAAGUAUCACGGUUGGUCUUACGGGUUCAAAGGGAAUCUUGCAAAGGCACCAAGAUUCGAUACCGUACCCGACUUCGACAAGAGCCAACACGGCCUGUUGCCCAUCAAUGUACAUGUCGACAAGACAGGCUUCAUCUGGGUCAACUUGCAAGCUGGAACACCAGAGGAGCCCUGGGAGAAGCAGUUCCCUCGGGUUGAUGAGAGCGCCAGGAUGACCAGCUACGACUUUGACGGUGGCUACAGCUUUGAUCAUGUGUGGGAGAUGGAUCUCGAUUCGAACUGGAAAGGAGUCAUGGAGAACUACAACGAGUGCUAUCACUGCCCGACAAGUCAUCCUCUGAUUGCUGGAGUUUCGGACCUCACCAAAUACAAGGUUGAGCCUAAUGGAAGCUGUUUGGAGCACACCAUAAUCAACAAGAAGGAAGACGAUGGAACGGAUGAGUUCAAGCGCUCUAUCACCUUCUUCUUCCCGUCAACCUCAGUGACAGUCACCAUGAACUUCUUCUACAUCCAACGCAUGAUCCCCAUCAGCGAGACCAAGACAAAGAUCGAGAAUGAAGUGUAUCGUCACCAUUCAGCAAACGAUGAGGAGUUUGCCUCCAUCAUGGCAUUCUACAAGCAGGUCCUUACCGAAGACAAGGAUCUGUGCAAUGGAACACAGAGAAAUCUGAACGCUGGUGUCUUUCUCAACGGCGAGUUGCAUCCUGAAAAGGAAAAGGGCCCGAUUUACUUCCAAAACACGGUCAGAGAAGAGGUCAUGGAACACAGGAGAAGGGAAGUGGCACAAGACGGGCAGCAAAUAUGGCCUGCGAUGCCCAAGGUUGUUGGAGACAUGAUGACAAGCAAGCUUCAGGAGGAAGAGCUGUUGUGUUCAGAACUGGAAAGAGAAAGCUGUGCAGCGAGGUCAGAACUGGCAUGGUAA